ACAGAGUUGCCUGACCGCAAACCACUGAGAGUUUCUUAUAAAUCACAUCUCAAAUGUUGACAUUCCUAAACAUUUAUUGAAUGAUUAAAAUUCCAUCCCCGGUGUCUUCAAAACGUAGUUGUUUACUAGUCCCCAUGAAUAAGGGAGUUUGGGUGGCUGACGAUUAGCUAGCGCAAUAAAGUCUGUAAUGCUAGGCAGCGGAGGGCUGGUUUUCCAGGACUGGAUUGCUUCAAGUUCCUGGAAGAUCCGGUUACUCCUUGAAUUUAUUGGUGUAGAUCCUUUGGUCCUACCUGGACAGACACCCCCCCCCCCAACUUCUGCUGUUUCUCAUACAUGGCACCCCUCUCCCCUGUAAGACUACAUUAAAAGCUUAGACUGUGGGAGAUACCCCAAGUUUCAGAGUAACUCUAGCCCUUUCUUCCACCUUGAUAGGUUGUCCUUCACACAUGCCUUGAUGUUACUGUCUCAGGAAACAUGCUUUGGGUGUGUUUUUACAAGACUAAAGAGUUUGUGCUGAAUUAUCCCCACUUUCAUCUUAAGACUCUAAGAGAGUCUAGCGGGGUCACCGGUACCCCUCAGCUGUCAAACUGAGUUGAUACUUUUUUGUUUGGUUUUUUUUUUUUUUUUGAGUUUAUACUCUUGGGCUACAAAUCGCUGGAGGCCCUGGCCUGCUGAGGUAGGAAGAACUCACCAGUGUUUCUCUGUGGAGCUGAGUUAAUGCAAAAAAAGGGCCUCAAGUGGAGGGACCUCAGAAUUACUCCCCAAAAGGAAAGGCCUCAUCUACCAGUAGUUCCCACUUUCUCUCUCCUGUAAAAUGCAUAACCCAUGGGCCACUGGGGCUAACGCUGAGCUAGAACCCAGGAGCUGUCUAAGAGAAAAACCCCAGGCCAGGUUGGAGAAAAUAGGUCACAGUGGCUGGGCAGUGAGGUCACAGAGAGGUUUGUCUUCCCAGACUCCAUGGGGGAGGGGCCUAGGAGGCAGAGGGGCCCCAGAGGUCCCCCAAGCCCAGGCGGGGGACAUGGUGUGGGAAAGGCAGCAGGGACGGGGGCCAAGGAGCUGACUACGGGGGGCCUAGGGGCACGGAGAGAUGAGGGCAAGAGCAGGGAGGGGGCAGUCAGGAUGGUGAGGAGAAGCCGGAGGCGAAAGCUGCAAAAAGUCACCAGGCUGUGCGGACGGGAGGAGGGGCUCCGGGUGAAGCGGAGCUGCCCUUCAUGUGGCCCAGAGCCUGGGGGUGAAGAGAGGAAGGGAAGAGGGAACCCUAUUUCUGUUCAGCUGUUCCCCCCAGAGCUGGUGGAGCAUAUCAUCUCAUUCCUCCCAGUCAGAGAUGUAGUCGCUCUGGGCCAGACCUGCCACUACUUCCACGAAGUUUGCGACGCCGAGGGCGUGUGGAGACGCAUCUGUCGCAGGCUCAGUCCUCGCCUACGAGAGCAGGGUUCUGGGGUCCGGCCCUGGAAGAGAGCUGCCAUUCUUAACUACACGAAGGGCCUGUACUUCCAGGCAUUCGGGGGCCGCCGCCGCUGUCUCAGCAAGAGCGUAGCCCCCCUGCUAGCCCAUGGCUACCGCCGCUUCUUGCCCACCAAGGACCACGUCUUCAUUCUUGACUACGCGGGGACCCUCUUCUUCCUCAAAAAUGCCCUGGUCUCCUCUACCCUUGGCCAGAUCCAGUGGAAGCGAGCCUGCCGCUAUGUUGUAUUGUGUCGCGGAGCCAAGGAUUUUGCCUCGGACCCAAGAUGUGACACGGUUUACCGCAAAUACCUCUAUGUAUUGGCCACUCGGGAGCAGCCAGGCAUGGUGGGCACAACGGGCAGCCGGGCCUGUGACUGUGUCGAGGUCUAUCUGCAGUCCAGUGGGCAGCGUGUCUUCAAGAUGACUUUCCACCACUCCAUGAGCUUCAAACAGAUUGUGCUCGUUGGUCAGGAGACGCAGCGGGCUCUUCUGCUUCUCACAGAGGAAGGAAAGAUCUACUCUUUGGUAGUGAACGAAACCCAGCUGGACCAGCCACGCUCCUACACCAUCCAGCUGGCCCUGAGGAAGGUGUCCCGUUGCCUGCCUCACCUUCGUGUGGCCUGCAUGGCUUCCAACCAGAGCAGUACUCUCUAUAUCACGGACCAGGGGGGAGUGUAUUUUGAGGUGCAUACCCCAGGGGUGUAUCGUGAUCUCUUUGGGACCCUUCAAGCCUUUGACCCCCUGGACCAGCAGAUGCCGCUUGCUCUCUCACUGCCUGCCAAGAUCCUAUUUUGUGCUCUUGGCUACAAUCACCUUGGUCUGGUGGAUGAAUUUGGCCGAAUCUUCAUGCAGGGAAAUAACAGAUAUGGGCAGCUGGGGACAGGGGACAAAAUGGACAGAGGGGAACCCACACAGGUGCAUUAUCUGCAACGCCCCAUUGCUCUGUGGUGUGGCCUCAACCACUCCCUGGUGCUGAGCCAGAGCUCGGACUUCAGCAAGGAGCUUCUGGGCUGCGGCUGUGGGGCUGGAGGCCGCCUCCCUGGCUGGCCUAAGGGGAGUGCCUCCUUCGUGAAGCUCCACGUCAAGGUUCCUUUGUGUGCCUGUUCCCUCUGCUCUACCAGAGAGUGCCUCUACAUGCUGUCCAGCCAUGACAUCGAGCACCACCCCACCUACCGGGACCUACCAGCCAGCAGGGUGGUGGGGACCCCCGAGCCCAGCCUGGGGCCCGGAGCAUCCCAGGACCCUGGGGGGACAGCCCGGGCGUGUGAGGAGUACCUCAGCCAGAUCCACAGUUGCCCCACGUUGCAGGAUCGUAUGGAAAAAAUGAAGGAGAUCGUGGGCUGGAUGCCCUUGAUGGCGGCACAGAAGGAUUUCUUUUGGGAGGCCUUGGACAUGCUGCAGAGGGCUGCUGCAGGGGUCGGCCCAGGUCCCCCAAACCCUGAGAGCUGACCCCUCCCCCUCCUCAUCUCACCCCCAGAGGGAGAGUGCAGCCCUAGGCCAGGAGCUAAGGAGACACAGGGCGGUAGCGGUAAACACUGUAUGUGCACACGGGGGGAGGGGAUUGCUCGACAUGCCAGGGUGGACAGGGAGCUGUUUUGUAAAAUGUUUGGGGGGCUGCCCAGGAGGGGCCCCCAAUCUGACUAUCAUGGACAAGAGAUUUGAUGGACAAAUAGAAUAAAAGGCUGAAGUGAG